AUGGCAGAACAAUGUGUGGGAGCAGUUUUAAACACUCCAAAAACUGUCAAUCCUAGACGCUGUUCCUUCAGCCAACUCAACCAACUACACUUUUCAUCAUCCUUGUGUAAAAUGAUUCCAAGAAAACCCCAAAGUGGCUCUCUGUCAAUUGCAUUGAAUGCAACAUCGUCAUCUUCAGCAAUGGCAUCUAGUCAACAUCUUCCACCGCUCUCACUCGAGGCAUUGAAAACCAGUGAACGUAGAAAUGAAGUCAUGGAUGCUAUUCAGAGGUCAAUUGGGAACUGUCUCUCUGAAACGCAUCUUGACGUAACUGUUCCCAGUCUCCAAUCCAAAACGCGAGGAAAGGUCAGGGACAUCUAUGAUGGAGGCGAUUAUCUUGUUCUGGUAACCACAGACAGACAAAGUGCCUUUGACAGAAUUCUUGCGUCAAUUCCAUUUAAGGGACAGGUGCUUAAUGAAACAAGUUUGUGGUGGUUUAAUAGAACUCAGCACAUUGUUCAAAAUGCGGUUGUAGCUGCUCCAGACAAGAAUGUGACCAUUGCAAAGAAAUGUUCCGUGUUUCCCGUUGAGUUUGUUGUUCGUGGUUUCGUGACUGGAAGCACAGACACGUCAUUAUGGACAGUCUACAAGAAAGGCACUCGAAACUAUUGUGGCAAUACUCUCCCUGAUGGCAUGGUUAAAAAUCAGAAGCUACCUGCAAAUAUUCUCACACCAACCACGAAAGCUGCUGAUCAUGACGUUCCAGUUACCCCGGAUGAGAUCAUUCAAAGUGGUUUAAUGACUCAAGCAGAUUAUGAGGAAGCCAGCGCAAAGGCACUAAAGCUAUUUAAUUACGGUCAGCAAGUAGCAAUGCAACAGGGGCUAAUAUUGGUAGACACCAAGUAUGAGUUUGGAAAGGCACCUGAUGGUACUAUUCUUUUAAUUGAUGAGGUUCAUACACCAGAUUCGAGUAGAUAUUGGAUUGCUCAUUCUUAUCAAGAGCGCUUUUGGAACGGCCUUGAACCUGAAAAUGUGGACAAGGAGUUCCUAAGGCUGUGGUUUAAAAAUAAUUGCGACCCAUACAAAGAUGAGGUCUUGCCUGAUGCUCCAGCAGAACUAGUUUCUGAAUUAGCUUGGCGAUACAUAUUCUUGUAUGAGACCAUAACAAAAUCACAUCUUCAGUUGCCUGCCACAGAGGAGAAUAUACAUGACAGAAUAACCAGAAACGUCACAGAGGCUCUCGCAUCUCUCCCGUAG